AUGAAGAUCGGACUUACCAUAACCAUCAUACUGUUAUCAGUGGCGACUACUGUUUUAGGAAGCGAGCCUAGUGGCCAAGGAGAGAGUGCAUCGAACGUACACGCCACCUACAAUUUCUACAACGCAGAGAAGAAUAACUAUGAUUUGAUGGCCACGAGUGUCUUUUGCGCCACGUGGGAUGCUGGCAAACCAUACGAGUGGAGGAGCAAGUAUGGCUGGACCGCCUUCUGCGGACCGGUUGGUCCUCGUGGUCUAGCUGCUUGCGGCAAGUGCUUGAGGGCCGGGAAUACAAGAAAAAACUGA